UCUCUAAAAAAACGGAACAAAACAACGCAAUAUGUCUAAGAUUUUCACGCCCACAAACCAGAUCCGCCUUACAAAUGUAGCAAUUGUGCGUCUAAAGAAGGGUGGAAAGCGCUUUGAGAUCGCCUGCUACAAAAACAAAGUGCUCUCGUGGCGAAACAACAGUGAGAAAGAUAUUGAUGAAGUCCUGCAGACACACACUGUGUUUACAAACGUGUCCAAAGGUCAAGCUGCCAAAAAGGAUGAGCUACAAAAGGCUUUUGGAAAAACGGACGAGACGGAAAUAUGCAAAGAAAUACUCAGCAAAGGUGAACUGCAGGUUUCGGAGAAGGAACGCCAUAGCGUCCUCGACUCCCAACUGAGUAGCAUAGUUAAUAGUGUGGCGGCAUUGUGCGUUAAUCCCGAAACGCGUCGUCCUUACCCGGCCACCAUCAUAGAGAAAUCGCUCAAGGACGCCCACUUCUCGGUGAAGAUGAACAAAAACACCAAACAACAGACACUGGAGGCCAUCAAGCUUCUACGCGAGCACAUGCCUAUCGAACGAUCGCGCAUGAAGCUACGCGUCUCCUUUGCCGGCAAAGAGGGUGGUCACAAGCUUAAGGAGUCUGUGGUGAAGCUGGCUAAUGCAGUGGAGCACGAGGAAUGGGAUGAAGCAACGCUCCACUUAACAUUACUCAUAGAUCCCGGCCAGUAUCGUGUUAUCGACGAGUUGGUUCGCAACGAAACAAAAGGCAAGGGCCUGCUGGAGCUGCUGGAACUUAAGGAGGUCGUUGAAAGCGAUGAAGUGUUUUAAGUGAUAAUAUGUUUGUUUAUAAGUUGACAUAAUUUUGAAUACAUAACGGUUACACUGUAAGCUUA